CCCACCGGCGUUCAGUCGUGAAGCGGAUUGAACGAGCAGCGCUGGCUCUGUGGCGCAGGAGUAUGCGGGCAGGAACAUAACGGCUGCGGUAGUCAACUGAAAACACGUUUAAACACACACCGGGAGCGGCUCCGGAGAGAGGAACCCUGAGCACGGACAACCGAGGGGAGUUUACAGCGGUUAAGGAGCGGAGGGAGACUCGGGAGAGCGUCAGGAGGCGGUGGAGGUGGAGGAGAAGUGGGGGGAACGGACGCUCUCUAACGAAUCCGACCGACAUCGCACGCAGAAAUGGCGGAGCACCACGCAGCCAGUGACGGGAAGCACAAGGCGUCCGGCAAUUCUGGGAGCUCGGUGCACGGAAACAGCCGAUCCGGCGCCGGCGGUGGAGGAGGAGCAGGGGGCAAAGGAGGCCUCUCUGGCGGACUGACACAACCGGCCGGGUGGCAGUCUCUACUCUCCUUCAGCAUUCUUUUCCUGGCCUGCCUGGCAGGAUUCAGCUCCAGACUUUUCGCUGUGAUCCGGUUCGAGAGCAUCAUCCACGAGUUUGAUCCAUGGUUCAACUACAGAUCAACCCACCAUCUCACCACCAAUGGCUUCUACGAGUUCCUCAACUGGUUUGAUGAAAGGGCCUGGUACCCCCUGGGCAGGAUUGUUGGUGGAACAGUCUACCCAGGGCUCAUGGUGACCGCCGGCCUUAUCCACUACAUCCUCAACCUACUUCACCUCACGGUGCACAUCCGGGAUGUGUGUGUGUUCCUGGCGCCGGUGUUCAGCGGCCUGACGGCCAUCUCCACCUUCCUGCUGACGCGAGAGCUGUGGAACCAGGGCGCAGGGCUGCUGGCAGCCUGCUUCAUCGCCAUCGUCCCGGGCUACAUCUCCCGCUCUGUGGCGGGCUCCUUCGACAACGAAGGCAUCGCCAUCUUUGCACUGCAGUUCACCUACUACCUUUGGGUGAAAUCUGUGAAGACGGGCUCAGUGUUCUGGACCAUUGGCUGUUGUCUUUCCUACUUCUACAUGGUGUCAGCAUGGGGAGGUUACGUGUUUAUUAUCAACUUGAUUCCUCUGCAUGUGUUUGCACUGCUGCUGAUGCAACGCUACAGCAGAAGAGUCUACAUCGCCUACAGCACGUUUUACAUCGUGGGGCUCAUACUGUCAAUGCAGGUCCCUUUUGUCGGCUUCCAGCCAAUCAGGACCAGUGAACACAUGGCUGCUGCAGGUGUGUUUGCUCUUCUGCAAGCCUACGCCUUCCUACAGUACCUGAAGGACAGACUCACCCGGCAGGAGUUUCAGACGCUUUUCUUCCUCGGGAUCUCUCUCGCCGCCUGCAUUGUCUUCCUCACAGUCAUCUAUCUCACCUACACAGGAUACAUCGCUCCAUGGAGCGGUCGCUUCUACUCGCUCUGGGACACCGGUUACGCCAAGAUCCACAUCCCCAUCAUUGCAUCGGUGUCGGAGCACCAGCCCACCACGUGGGUGUCCUUCUUCUUUGAUCUCCACAUCCUGGUCUGCACCUUCCCAGCAGGCCUUUGGUUUUGCAUCAAGAACAUCAAUGAUGAACGCGUGUUUGUGGCCCUGUACGCCAUCAGUGCCGUGUACUUUGCCGGAGUAAUGGUGAGGCUCAUGCUGACGUUGACUCCGGUGGUGUGCAUGCUGUCUGCUGUGGCGUUCUCCAGCGUUUUUGAGCAUUACAUGGGAGACGACACCAAGAGGGAGAAGCCGCCUGCUGAAGAUAGCAGCGACGAGGACGACAAGAGGAACUCAGGGAAUCUUUACGACAAGGCGGGCAAGGUGCGCAAGCAUGUGUCUGAGCAGGAGAAGGCAGAGGAGGGUCUGGGUCCCAACAUCAAGUCCAUCGUCACCAUGCUCAUGCUGAUGCUGCUCAUGAUGUUCGCCGUCCACUGCACCUGGGUGACCAGCAACGCCUACUCCAGUCCCAGCGUGGUGCUGGCGUCAUACAACCAUGACGGGACUCGUAAUAUCCUUGACGACUUCCGAGAGGCUUAUUAUUGGUUGAGACAGAACACAGACGAGCACGCACGCGUGAUGUCGUGGUGGGACUACGGAUACCAGAUAGCCGGCAUGGCCAACAGAACCACACUGGUUGAUAACAACACAUGGAACAACAGUCAUAUAGCUCUGGUGGGGAAGGCCAUGUCGUCCAAUGAGAGCGCGGCCUACGAGAUUAUGAGGUCACUGGAUGUGGAUUACGUGCUGAUCAUCUUCGGAGGAGUAAUCGGCUACUCCGGCGACGAUAUAAACAAGUUCUUGUGGAUGGUGAGGAUCGCUGAAGGGGAGCACCCCAAAGACAUCAGGGAGAGCGACUACUUCACUCCGCAGGGAGAGUUCAGAGUGGACAAGGCCGGUUCACCGACUCUGCUCAACUGCCUCAUGUACAAGAUGUCGUAUUAUCGAUUUGGUGAGAUGCAGCUGGAUUUCAGAACGCCGCCUGGCUUCGACCGGACGCGCAACGCCGAGAUCGGCAACAAGGACAUCAAGUUCAAGCACCUGGAGGAGGCGUUUACCUCCGAGCACUGGCUCGUCAGGAUCUACAAGGUGAAGAAGCUGGAGAACAGAGAGGCUCUGGACCACAAGCUCCGCAGCGUGGUGUCCAAGCAGAAGUACACCUCUAAGAAGACUGCCAAGAGGAAGCGAGGACACAUCAAGAACAAACUCGUCCUGAAGAAGGGCAAGAAACUCCCCAAAAAAUAAAGAUGGCUCUGAACUCACACGAACGUAAAGAAACCUCCAACAACCAAUGAAGAAGAACACAAGGACGGCUGUGUGCCUGGCAGGUGGUCAGGAGCGCUUCUCGUUAGAGCGCCCUCAUUUAUCGAGGAAGCGUCACAUCUGGCCUGUCCAGAAUCGUCGUUCGUUUUAUCCCGAGGACGUCUGUCUUGCUUUUUUUGUUUUGUUUUGUUUUUCUACUUUCUACUUGAAUGUGGCGAGGCAUAGGGCUGCUCUAAUUGAUUAAACGUUGAUUAAUUUUUGUUUUUUAACAUUUUCUUGUGUGUGUGUGUGUGUUGGGGGGGGUUGUUAUUGACCUGAUUAUCAGUCAGGAGAUCUGGUGAUCCGUGGAAUGAGGAACGUUUGCACCAAAGACCCGUUGACCUCGAUCAUUAGCACAUGGGAACUCACUGCUAAGAGCGAGGGAACGCCGGAGGGAGAGCAGAGGACUUUGUUCCUGACGCGUGUACAGAGGACAGUAUGCGGUAUGGAGGAACGUCACCGUCUACACGCAGCACAUCUGCAAUAUUAACCGUUUUACCAUCCUCAUCUCCUUAACGUCUGCCUGCCUCUCUGACUUUUGGUUUCCAACAAAUUCUAUAAGAAAUUGGCCUAAUGUGUAAAUAUGUUCUGUAAAGACAAAAAAAAAAUCUCUAAAAUGAUGGUAAUAUAUUGGAUCAUUGUGAUUUUUAAAUGCUCAGUUCUUGGGUUUUCCGCUUGUUUUUUUUGGGUUUUUUUAUGACAGCAACUAGAACAGUGAAUGCAAUAACUACACAGAGGGGCUUCAGAUUUCAUUGAAAGAAUUUGAAUGUGAAUUUUUUUACAUCUCCCCCUUUUUUUUCCAUAAAUUGCAUUGAUUGUACAUUUCUGCUGCUAGGCUUUUUAAAAACAAGCAAGUGACCUGUAGAGAAAAAUAUAUAUAUUACAAAUUGGGGCUACAGGGGGCGCUCUUGAUUGAGCAAAGCCUAGUUAUAUUGCAGAAUUUUACCUUGUUGCUGUUCACAUUUUUGGCUUCUUUCUUUUUACUUUGGCUUGUAAUGCAACUGCUGCUGACUGCACAUGGUGAUUAGACUUUUCUGUUUGUUUUGCUUUUAAAUUUUGAUUUGAAAAUCAACAGAAAUGUGAAGGAGGAUUUUUGUGAUAACUCGGUAAAGAGGACGGCUGUCAGGAGCGACAUCGGUUGUAACGGGAAGUUAAAUUACCAAAUGUAAGGAGCUGUGUCCUAAUACUGCACCAUAUACCUGCUGCCCUCGGCGGAAAUGUCAGGCAAUUUUGAACCAGGUUACUGAUCUAGCUGUUACUUUACCAAAAAGUACAAAAAUAAAACCUCAAAAAUUCAUAACUUGCAAGAAGAAAAGUAGCUUAAAUGAUGUUGAGGCUGGCAGCUCAUGACGAGUGCAGUGAAACUCAAAACUAUUAAGGUUUCUUUCCGACAAGCAUACAAAACAAAACUGAACAAGGAGGAUCAAUUUUGACUAAAAUAAUUACAGGUGUUUUUCAUUGAAUUUUUCAGGCCCUGAUUGUUCAGUGGAAACGUUUUUCUUACCAUCUCAGUGAUUCAACUCAGGCUUUUUUUCAUGCCUUUAUCGUUAUUUUGAUCAUUUGAUGAGUCUUUGAGGUCGGCCUGCAUCUCUGCCAUCACCCUUCAGCUCCCUCUACAGAUGCUCUAUUAAAAUUUAAGUCAGGACUUUGACUGGACCCCUAAGAACUUUAAUGUUAUUUCCAAGCAGAAGAAAUCUGGAGCACACAGAAUUUUUGUAUUCCAGAUGCAGAGAAGCAGUUCUGCAUGCAUCACUCCACCCAACAUUAGAAUAACCUGCUCUACUAGUAAGUUAUGACGUUUUUGUUCGAGUCUCACUUUUUCCCAUGUAAUUAUUCCAUAUUUUAUUGCGUUAAAGUAGCUUUGGAGCUCUGUUUGUCCUCUGGUUACUUUCUCCACAUAAACGUUUCUCCCUAAAAUACGUCACCUCAAUCUAAUCCUUCUCAUGUGGUGAAAGAAGGGAUGUUAUUAUACUGAUGCACAGUGAGCCAAACACACUCCUUCAUUUGGCUCAGACACAGAGGAAAAACAAUUGCAGUAAAGGGUAAUUAUAGUGGCUUAACAUGCAAGGUGAUCUUUUGCAAAAUUUGCAGUGCUGACGGCGGACGUUCAAAAAGUAAAAACGGCUGAAAGCAAUGCAGCUGAUUAACUUUUUGCCAACAAACAGCUGGUGUGGUCCGCUGACUGGUUUGGCUUUUGACUCCAUGAACUGUUGUGUCUUUCAUUAGCUGAACUUUUGUUUUACUUUCCCAGAACUUAAAAUAUUUAAAGCAGAGAGACUAUUUUUGUUGGCUGAGGGUAAACCUUUGCUCUUCACAGGUUUACUUCCUCGAUCUUUGUAGCAAAAGUUCUCACAAUGCCACACACCAGUUCUCCGUAUAUUGUGUUACACACCCCUACCCACACUCUGUUAUUUUGGUUUGCAGGUCUGCCAUUAUCUUUUUAUUUUCCCGAGCUUUUUUGUUCUAUAAGAAUUCACAUAAGGAAGAUCUGGAUUUUGUUGGUGUGAAGAAGUAAAUUCAAAAGCACACUUCUGUUUUUUGGGGAGAAACCUUUAAAAAUGAUAAAAUUCUAUUUCCCCCUCAUAGCUAUCUUGAUGGUAAACACUCUAUUUAAAAAUGUCUCCCUUCUCCAGUUUGAACAGGCUUCAGCCGGGUUGUGCUGUAUGUAUUUGGGACACAGCUCUGCAUCUCUUUUUAAAAGGACGCUGCACUGUUUUCGUAUGACGACAGAAACUGAAAGAUUCUUUUUUUUAUGCACGCUUUGGGAAAGUUUUUUUUCUGUUUUUAUCAAGCCAGAGACACUUAAAACACAUCGUAGAGCUGUUAUUUGUUUUGCCACAUUGUACAGAAGGGGAGGUUUUCUGAUUGUUUCCUUUCAAAUGCGUCCGAAUCGCUUUGUUCUCGUUUUUACCGACUGUCUCCUCUGGAGGCCUCAGGCUGCUGGAACAGUGACAUUUCGAUGUGUUGUUGCACUUCGCCUAAAACUGCAUCGUGUCCUUUUGGAUUCUCAUUAGCACGGAGAGGACAGAGUCCAGAUUAAGCCUUAAUGUGAUGUACUUUUACUUUUCCUCAUGUGAUAAGUUUUUUCCUUGAACCGGAUGAAAAUGUUGCUUUUCCGACUGCGGUUUUUCCUGAACACUUUUCGUUGGAUGCAGUCUCCGAUUUGUCCCCGCUCACCUUCAGAGUUUACAUUUUUACAUUUUGUUCAGUUGUGCCACCUCUAAAUAUACUCCUAAACAAAACA